AUGGAUGACUUCUUCUCCAAGCCGAUGAAGCUGGUCACGCUGGCUGCGGCCAGUGAUGCCCUCAUUUUGGCUGCCGUAUGGCGUAAAUGGGGACCUACGGUGCCGUAUACGCCGGCCUUUCUCCGAGAUAGCUACUUCAAUAGCUACUUGGUGUUCUUCUGGGCCUCGUGGUGGCUGCAUUUUUGGGGUUGGCUGUGGUACCGCUUGAUACUGAAGCCCAAGUAUCUCUCCAAGAUGCGACAUCUGCCGGAGCCUACUGAAGGCAGAAGUUGGUGGUUUGGCUAUGGUUGGCGCACCUUCAGCGAAGGUAAUGGAGCUGGUCCGGCCGAGUGGUCCCGCACAUUGAAACACGAUGGUGUGUUCCGCUUCCUAGGCCUUUUCAACUGCGAGCGCGUCGUGGUUGCAGCCCCAGAAGGUCUGGCUGAAGUCUUGAUCAGAGUGAACGACUUCAUCCAGCCAAUUCACCUCUCCUUUAUCGCUCAGUCAAUUCUUGGACCUGGUGUCGUGCUGGUAAAUGGGGAAGAGCAUAAACGUCAACGCCGUCUCUUGCUGCCAUCCUUCGCCAUGAAGCACAUCCGGGCCCAGCAGUCCAUCUACUGGUCCAAGGCUGUCGAGGCGACAGAAAGGCUCUCAAGCUUCGCCGCCAGCACGACCAGCCCAAACUCCGAUGGAUACAGUGACAAAACGGAGAUUGGCGAGCUGGCAGGCUUCACUGCGCUGGACGUCAUCUCCAAGGCAGCCCUUGGCGUCGACUUCGAGGCAAUUGCUAACCCAGACUCGCAUCUCAUCCAGAAUUACCGCACCGUCUUCGAACCCACUCGCAUGUUCCAGAUAUUCAGCGUCCUCAAGUUCAUCAUCCCGCCGAAUAUUGUCAACAGGCUACCAGUCAAGCACAACACCGAGGUGCGCAACGCCGCCCGUGUGGUGAGGGAAGUGUGCCGGACCACCCUUCGCGAGAAGCGUGAGCGAUACAGGCGCGGUGAUCUCCACGACUCGGACAUCGUGUCGGCGCUGAUCCGCGACCGCAACAAGGAACUCGAGGAGGACGACGUAGUGACACAGAUGAUGACGAUGCUGGGUGCGGGCCACGAGACCGUGUCUGUGGCGAUGACCUGGGCCAUGUACGAGCUGUGUCGGCACCCGGAGUGGCAGGACAAGCUGCGCGCUGAGGUGAGGGCAAAGCUGCCGCCGCCGACAACCAAUGGCGCCGCGCCCCCCGCGGAGUCUCUUGAGAUCGAGAACAUGCCCCUCCUGAACGCCUUCUGCCACGAGGUCAUCCGCUACUGGCCGCCCAUUCCCAUGAUAAUGCGUACAGCGGCUGUGGAUACCACCAUCAUGGGCCACUAUGUCGCCGCCACGACAAAGGUCAUCCUCUCUGUCACCGGAACCAACCGCAACCCGGACCUGUGGGGGCCCGACGGCGCCAGCUUCAACCCGAGCCGCUUCUAUGACGAGGCUGGUGAUAGGUACGACUCCACUGGCGGCUCAAACACAAAGUACGCGCAUCUGUCCUUCAUCCACGGUGGACGCGACUGCCUCGGCCGCAACUUUGCCAAAGCUGAGAUGCUGACCGUCAUCGCGUGCUGGGUGGGCCGCUUCCAGUGGGAGCUGGCUGACCCCCGCGACAUGGACGAGAGCAGAGUGCCUCUUUCGGGUGGCAGCUUCUCGAGUAAGCCGCUGCACGGAGUAUGGUGCAAAGCUAAGGUUGUACCCGGGUGGUGA